UCUGAAAUGGGCUGCCUGAACCUGGCACUGGGCAAGUCACAGGAGGCCACACUGCUGAUGCACCAGCCCGCAGUGAUAUAAACAAUAACAAAAAUAGAAUAUGAAUUUAAAGAGGUGGUGAGUGCAUCAUCUGCAGCAGAUUGUGAAUGCUGUGUUGGAAGUGACAGACAUCCCACGAGCCACAGAUAGUUCACCCGUGUCCCCGCCGACACGCCAUACUCCUGACAGUCACAGGCAACACAGGGGACAAGUUGCAAAUUAGCUAGGAGGAAUUAACAUUAACUGGAGUGAAGAAGAAGCAACAAUUGCUCAACCAAAGAUGGUUUCACCAAUGGAUGAUCAGGACAAGUUACUGGAUGAGGCAAUGGGAGCAGUGCGAGGCCAGGCAUUCCAGAUGAAGCGGUGCCUGGACAAGGGACGGCUGAUGGAUGGCCUCAAGCAUGCCUCUAACAUGCUGGGGGAGCUUAGGACCUCUCUGCUCUCCCCUAAGACCUACUAUGAGCUCUACAUGUGUAUUUGUGAUGAGCUGCGUCACCUGGAGAUGUAUCUUGUUGAUGAGUUCCAGAAGGGUCAGCGUGUGGCAGAUCUGUAUGAACUAGUGCAGUAUGCCGGGAACAUUGUACCAAGACUGUACUUGCUGAUAACAGUGGGUCUUGUUUACAUCAAAACAAAUGAGACCUGCAAACGGGACAUCCUGAAGGACCUGGUGGAGAUGUGUCGUGGCGUGCAGCACCCACUAAGGGGACUCUUCCUCAGGAACUAUUUAUUGCAGUGCAGCCGCAACAUUCUGCCAGACGUGGAUGAUCCGUCACCAGCCUCCACUCAAGAAGACCAUCCCACAGGAACGAUUUCAGACAGUGUGGACUUCAUUCUGAUGAACUUUGCUGAGAUGAAUAAGCUCUGGGUCAGAAUGCAGCACCAGGGACACUCUCGGGAGAAGGAGAAAAGAGAAAAGGAGCGGCAAGAGUUGAGGAUACUUGUGGGCACCAACCUGGUCCGUCUUUCCCAGCUUGAGUUUGUUGAUGUCCAGCGCUACAAGAAGAUGGUUCUUCCGGGCAUCCUGGAGCAGGCUGUGAGCUGCCGUGAUCCUCUGUCCCAGGAGUAUCUGAUGGAGUGCAUCAUUCAGGUGUUCCCUGAUGAGUUCCACCUGCAGACCCUCAGUGCUUUCCUUAAGGCCUGUGCAGAGCUGCACUCAGAAGUCAAUGUCAAGAACAUCAUUAUCUCCCUCAUUGAUCGCCUCGCCAACUUUGCCCACCGUGAGGAUGGCAGCGGCAUCCCUGAGGACAUCAAGCUCUUUGAAAUAUUCUCUGAGCAGGUGUCCCAAGUCAUCAAGUCUCGGCCAGACAUGCCAAUGGAGGACAUGGUGAGCUUGCAGGUGUCCCUCGUUAACCUGGCACAGAAGUGUUACCCAGAUCAGAUUAAUUACGUGGACAAGGUUCUGGAAAACACACUUGAAGUCUUCCAGAAACUCAACAUUGAAAAGAUACACUCAGGUUCAGCGCUAGGCCGGGAGCUGAGUCGCCUGCUGCGUCUUCCUGCUGACAACUAUAACAACUUGCUGACUGUGCUGAAGCUACAGUACUUCACACCUCUGCUGUCUCUGCUUGACUACAGUGGUAGGAAAGUGCUUGCCACAUACCUAGUGACCAAUGCAGUGGAAAAUGAGACCUACAUACCCACCCAGGAGCAGGUGGAUGCAGUGCUGUCCAUGGUGGCCUCAAUAAUCUGUGACCAGAGUGAUCAGCCCUUGGUGGAGCCAGAUCCAGAGGACCUGGCUGAAGAACAGGGGCUCCUAGCCAGAUUCAUCCAUCUGUUCAAGUCAUCAAGCAGUGAUCAGCAGUACCUCAUCCUGACUACGGCCCGCAAGCACCUGGCUGCAGGAGGCAAUAAAAGGGUGGUGUACACUCUGCCACCCCUUGUCUUCCAGGCUUACCAGCUGGCAUUCAAGUACCACAAUGAGAGGGAUGUGGAUGACAAGUGGAGCAAGAAGGUACACAAGAUCUUCCAGUUUUGUCACCAGACCAUUACUGCACUGGUGAAGGCAGAGUAUGCUGAGCUGCCUCUCAGAUUGUUCUUGCAGGGUGCUCUCGCUAUAGACAAGAUUGACUUUGAAAACCAUGAGACAGUUGCCUACGAGUUCAUGUCACAGGCCUUCUCUUUGUAUGAGGAUGAGAUUAGUGACAGUAAGGCCCAGUUAGCAGCCAUGACCCUCAUCAUGGGCACCUUCCAGCAGACAACUUGCUUCAGUGAAGAGAACCAUGAGCCUCUAAGGACUCAGUGUGCCCUGGCUGCUUCCAAGCUGCUCAAGAAGCCAGACCAGGCACGAGGCGUAACCACUUGCUCUCACCUCUUUUGGUCUGCUAGAUCACAACUCAGCAACAAGGAAGAGUUGCGGGACGAGAAGCGCGUCCUGGAGUGCCUGAAGAAAGCCGUUCGUAUUGCCAACCAGUGCAUGGAUCCCUCUACCCAGAUUCAGCUCUUUGUAGAACUCCUCAACCACUACAUCUACUUCUAUGAGAAAGGCAACUCCCAGGUGACAGUGGCAAUGCUGAACCAGCUGGUGAGCAAGGUGAAGGAGGAUCUAGCCAACCUGGAGACUACUGAGGAGACCGACCAGAUCUCCCGUCAUCUUACCAACACACUCACCCACCUUCAGCUACGCCAGCAGGAGCCACCCUCUGACGGCCCAACUUAUGAAGGCCUCCAGCUGUGAGCAGGUGGACCCAUUCCUGUGCAUGCUCUGAGAAGUAAGUUCCAUUUUCCAUUUAGGGUUAGGAGGAAUGGUACACAUAACAUUUUUCUUACACAUCUGCCCAUAUCUUGUCUAUAGACGGUGAAUUUAUAACUUUUAUCAAUCGAGAAAUAUUAGUCAUAGACAUGUAUGGUGGCUGUUUUGAUUAAAUGUUACUAAUACAUAGUACAUAUGAAUGAAGUGUGCAUGUGUGAAUGAGGGAGAGAAACAAUGCUGUUUGUUUGAUUAUGAAGUUCAUCCAUAAUUUUGUUUGCUCCAAAGCUUGCACCAGUUUAGUGAGUAGGGAAUCAUAUAAGAAUUACCAUCAUAACUUAGUUUUUCCUUAUUGUGCUGGAGAAGCUGGUAGAAGUUUUGAAUGAAAAGACCAGACACAGCAGGGUUGCUGUCACUAACAUAUUCUGUCUGUUCUCCCUUGAGUAGUUGAGCCCAGUACCUUUGUGAAAUUAUCUGAUAAGAGAAUCUCUGUUGGUGUCAUUGGAGUCUGUCUGUGUGGCAAGCAGGAGGCUGCAGGUGCUAGGGACUGGUGAUAACGGCAUGUGUGUGUUGGGAAACUGUGAACAGAUUAUUCAUGUAGGGAUCAUACAGGAACUCUGAAAUGUCUUUUUUAGGCAAUGCAUUUGUUAUGAUUAUAAAUAAGCUGUAUACAAAGUGAUGACUAUUACAAUACAGCUUCUUUAUUUUACAGUAAGCUUGAUUAAUGGAAAUUUUGCUGUGUUCACACAAAUGGUCAAAAUUAUCUUACCAGAACUGUGACUGAAUUGAUUGCCAUAUAUUGAAGGCAAUUCAUCUGAACCAGUGUGUAUUCUUGGCUUCGUACCACCUUAAUUCAUGUUUUAUGUGUCUGAUACAGUAAUUCUUGGAAAAAAAAAUUUGACUGAAAAAUUUCAGUUUUUUUACUUCUUUCUAGAGGAUGCCAUAAGUUUCAUCUUUGCCUCAGUCAUCAUCAUGGUUGUCUGGAAGUUCAUUCUUGGCACUAAGAGAGUGUGAUCAUAAUAAUCCUGUCCACAUUUUCACAUCCUCAUUCAGUAGUAUCAUACACCUUAUCAGUCAUUUUAUGUUUAUUUAUUUGAUUUUAAAUUUUUUAGCAUUGAGGUGUAAUGGAUAAAGAUAUAAGCAAGUCUGUCAUUGUGAACCAUAUGUUUAAUCUUGAAUACCAUUUUGUUAGUCAGUCAUUAAAAUGUUCCAUCACAAGAAUACCUAACAAGCCAAAAGUAAAAAAAAGACUUUAUAUUACUUCUCUUCUGUCUCUGUGGAGCGUCAUCCCCAUUAACACCACUCACAGUCCUUACAGAUGUCAGUGAUGCCACUAACACAGCUACCCAGUGAAAAAAAUAUUGAGAAUGAUCUUUUUAUUGUUUAUUUUUUUUGUCUGUGAAUGGGCAUGCUAUUGGCACAGUAUAUGAAACACUAUACAGUAAAUCUUCUCUAGUUUAAACCCAUAUAAUUCUUAUAAUUGAAUCUGUUUGGGCCACUUCAAAUUUUUCCAUAACUUUCCGUAAUCUGAUCUGAAGUUGGCCUUUUAUCCUGUUCUCCUUUCAAAUAAGAGAAUCAGUUCAUUUGACAUGUUUUGACUGGUCAGCCUGCUUGAAAGAGGCACCAGCGAGGUGUUACCUUCUAACCAUCACUCCACCUCUUUCAUAAAAUAUUCAUAUUUUUCACGUAGGUUACAAGAAGAAAAAAAUUGCGUCAUUGAAUUAAGCAGUGUCUUUACAGUUAGAGCACCAUUUUCAAAACUUAUAGGGUAAAACCUGAGUAAUUUGGUUAGUAUAAGUAAGCAAAUAAAAUUUUAUGGUUAUUCUUUUAAAUGAUAGCUUAAAAAAUGUAUUCUUAUGGUACAUAAGCUAAUCCUGGAUAUGAUGGUGCAUUCAGAUUGUUAAUAAUAAUUGAUGUGACGGAAGAAGUGGCAACAAUGACUGUGGCAAGUGUAAACACAGGUUUUCAUCUCACCCACAGUCACUUGAACACUUCCUGCUGAAUUGUCCACACAUACUAAGAUUGUGACCUAAAAUUUGCUGCUCGUUUUUAGUAGAUACAGCAGAACCCAAGCGUGUAUGGCAUAUAGUGUUGAUGAUAAUAGACUUGCUCAGACCUCAGAAUAAAGUAAGAAAAGGCCCCUUCAAUACUUGAAUCCAAGAAACACCCAUAAAAUAUUGCUUCAGCACUAAGCCUCCCAGGAUGUGUGUGUGUUAGACUUAUAUAUGAGGCUCACUAGCUCCAUCUGCUCAUCAGAAGUUUAUAGUAUCAGUAUGUUCAGUCUUCUCUCCCACCACAAGUAUUUGGUAUUCACUCCAAACUCAAUUAAGAGCCAAUGUGAUCAGAGUAUUCUCUUCCAGCAUGGAAUUCUCUCAGAUAGUGUGUUGGGGUCAGCCACAUCAGCAAGUGUAGAGAGAGUAGAUCUAGGGAGCACCAGAUCCAUUUCAGUCUCAUUACUCACACUGGUGUUGCUGAUGACAUUGCUCCAUAAAGACAGCAAAACAGAGGUAGUAUGAGUUAUUGUGUGUAAGUUAUUGCAUUUUUUUUUUUUAAUAAGAACAUAAUUUGAAAUGUAGAAUUAUUUACUGCAUUAGUGCACUAGUUUUAAGUAAUCAGUAUCUGUUGGGAUAAAUUUGGAGUCAAAUUGGUGUAAAUGAUUUCUAAGAAAAGAUCUGUACAAGUGUAGCAUGUAAUGAUCAGGGUGUUUCAUAUGUGUAAAACUGACACUCGAGAGAACCUUUUUUUCUUAAUUUUUUAUUGCUUUUAGCUAAUGGCCCUCUUACAUUGAAAUAUAUAUAUAUAUAUAUAUAUAUAUAUAUAUAUAUAUAUAUAUAUAUAUAUAUAUAUAUAUAUAUAUAUAUAUAUAUAUGCUAACUGCCCUGAUAAUGCACACACACACACACACACACACACACAGUGGCAGUUCAGUAGGAUCUGUGUGCAAAGGUUAAUUCUGUAAUGAGUAUUGAUUGCUGCUGCUGCAUAUUCCAUUUGGUACAUUUUCCAUGCCAACAUGUUAAGCUGCUUUAUGAGUUUUUGUAAUAACUGACAUCAGCUUCAAAUCUGACCUCCACUUGCUGUGAUGAUGAUGAAACGAAUGCUUUUGUCAACAAAAAAAUACUCAUCAGAUUUUGUCAUUCAUUCACAUCAUUGCUAUAAGCAAGAAAUAUUAGUGUCAGCUUUUACAAAAACUGCCAUCUGUUGCAACCAACAUGGAAGGGUUGGGAAGCUUGUUGUGGUAUAGGAUGCAGUAUGUUGUCUGCAGCAUGGGGUGUAUCAAGUCACGGGAUGUUGUGGCUGCAUGUUGCUGCAACAAUAAAAUGUACCGAUGUAUUUUGUGGCUGAAAGGUGAUGGAUUGCUGUUGACAGACACCAAGUUAAAACUUCACUUAAGCUCAAUUCCUGUCUUUUAUGAAUGUGAACUCCAUGUGAUGCAUAUUGUUGAUUUCUGGUGUUUGACAGUUGCCAAUUUUUGUUUACAAAGUCAUAUAUUAUAAAUAAAGUAUAUCUAUAACCUACA